AUGGUCAAAGAGGACGAGCCACCGAUUGUCACGAAAAUUGCAGAUGCUUCGAGAAAGGCCGGCAACAUAGUAAAACAGUGGUGGCUCUUAACAACAAGCGACAAGCGUCCAGCCCCCGAUCCGGAUAGGUUGAUAAAAGUGAAGCAGCUGCCGUUGUAUGAAGAUGACGGCCAAAAGAAGCAAUACGUCUUCAUCGAAGAAGAUCCGUUGCCACUUCAGAGAGAGUUUGCUACUGUUCGAAAGGCGUUCGAGACGGAGUAUGAUAGAGUCGCGGAACAGUUCCAGUUCGUGGACAAAACAGUUCAGAAGUCAAAAGAUGCGCUAAUAAAAACAAAAACAUACGUUGACGAAGAGUGGACUGUGCUCCCAAAGGCUGCAGCCAUUACCGUUGGUGGCAUGGCAGGUUUCGUACUUGGGCUGAAAAGAGGUAUCAUCGGCCGUUCAUUCACAACUGCAGUCGGGCUAGCCACUAUGGCCGCUUUUUGCUAUCCGUAUGAAACAGUUGACGUAGUUCGCACAGGAAUCGCUCAUUCAGAGAGUGCAUGGGAUCGGUUCAGAAACUCUCCGGAACCUCCACAAAAACUGAAAGUCGAUUUGAGCCCUCCCAAAUGA